AUGUAUUCAUUCAUCAUCGAUGAAAGUACUCCUACACAGCUACCGAUUCCAGCAGUUCUGUUACAGAAUCCGCGUCUCCUAAUUUGGCAACUCAAAUCCACUGGAGAGAACUCUUCUCGCGAUCUUGCUCUUCUUGAUAUCCCGACUGGGUGGAAACAGGAUGCUAUUCGCAAGAAUCAAAAUCCAACAUUCCUCUUAUUACACCGUCUUCGAAUUUCAGCUCCUUCACACCUUUGA